GGCAAGAAGAUGGCGGCCGUGUCAAGCGGAGGUGCUGCUGGGUCCGCUGCGGCCGGGAUUACGCACCCUAGCCGACCGGCCGCAGGUAUUAACGCCCAGAACCGAGCACAGCCAUCACCCGGGGUCAACCACCCCAGUAGACCCUCCCCAGCAACGGGGUGCAUCACCAACCCUGGCCACCCUUCAGGCAGCAGGCCCCCCCCAGCCCGAGUGGGCUACUACGAAAUCGAGCGGACCAUCGGCAAGGGGAAUUUCGCUGUCGUUAAACUAGCAACACAUGUCAUCACAAAAGCUAAGGUGGCGAUAAAAAUAGUAGACAAGACCCAGCUUGAUGAUGAGAACUUGAAGAAGAUCUUCAGGGAGGUCCAGAUCAUGAAGAUGCUGAGACACCCUCACAUCAUCCGCCUUUACCAGGUGAUGGAGACAGAAAGGAUGAUCUAUCUAGUGACGGAGUACGCCAGUGGAGGGGAAAUAUUCGAUCACUUGGUGGCUCAUGGGCGGAUGGCGGAGAAGGAUGCUCGGCGGAAAUUCAAACAGAUAGUGGCGGCAGUGCACUUCUGCCACUGCCGCAACAUUGUGCACCGUGACCUGAAGGCUGAAAACUUGCUGCUGGACCACAACCUCAACAUCAAGAUCGCAGACUUUGGCUUCAGUAACCUGUUCUCGCGAGGGCAGCUGCUGAAGACGUGGUGUGGGAGCCCUCCUUAUGCUGCUCCUGAGCUCUUCGAAGGGAAGGAAUACGACGGCCCCAAAGUAGACAUCUGGAGUUUAGGUGUGGUGCUAUAUGUUCUCGUGUGCGGCGCUCUACCCUUCGACGGCAGCACCCUUCAGAACCUCCGGGCUCGAGUGCUGAGCGGAAAGUUCCGGAUCCCCUUCUUCAUGUCCACCGACUGUGAGUACUUGAUCCGACACAUGCUGGUCCUAGACCCCAGCAAACGCCUUUCCAUGGAGCAGAUCUGUAAGAACAAGUGGAUGAGGCAAGGAGACCCGGACCCUGAGUUUGAGAGGUUGAUAGUGGAGUGUGAGCAGGUGAAGACGGAGCGAGAGACUGAGCUCAUUAAUGAGCAGGUGCUACUGGCCAUGUCAGAAAUGGGUCUGGACCGGGAGCGCACACUGCAGUCUCUGCAUACAGACGCCUACGAUCACUACAGCGCCAUCUACAGUCUGCUGUCCGAACGGCUGAAGAAACACAAGACCCUCCCCCCCACACCGCGGCCCAUGGGCUACCCCCUCAACACUGUACAGGAUCAGGCCGGCCCCGUCAUCCCCCACGUCCAGCUCAUUAACCCAGAGAAUCAGAUCGUUGAGACGGACAGUGGCACGAUGGCUUUGGACAGUGACGAGGGCGAAGAACCGUCGCCCGAGGCCAUGGCUCGCUACCUGUCCAUGCGGCGCCACACGGUGGGCGUGCCAGACCCCAGGGCGGAGAUGCAGGAGGAGCUGCAGAAGUUGGCCCCUGGCUUCCCGCGCGCCGUCCCCCAGCCCCCCUUCCCCACGCUGGCGCCGACCCCCAUGGGCCAGAUGCACACACUCAUGCCCACACAGAGCCUGCAGCCCACCCAGCAGCUGGAGUACAAGGAGCAGUGUCUGCUGCAGCCCCCCACCCUGCAGCUGCUGAACGGCAUGGGCCCGCUGGGCCGCCGCGCCUCCGACGGAGGGGCCAACAUCCAGCUGCACGCCCAGCAGCUGCUCAAGAGGCCUCGCGGACAGUCCCCGCUGGUGGCUAGCCCUCACCCCAUCACAGCUGUGGCUCCUGUGGACGAGGAGAACUCUGACGGCGAGCCAGACCAGGAGGCAGUGCAGAGGUACUUGGCGAACAGCUCCAAGCGGCACACCAUGCACGCGCCCAUGAGCACGGGCCCAGGCGGUGCCGAGUCCCAGGGCUCCCGGCAGUGGGGCUGGGUCCCAGAGCAGCACCCUCGGACCUCCUAUAAGGACAGUAACACCCUGCACCUCCCCAUGGAGCGCUUCUCCCCUGUCAGGCGCUUCUCAGAUGGAGCUGCCACCAUCCAGGCCAUCAAAGCCCACCUGGAGAACAACACCCUCAUCCGACAGCUCAAACAGGAGUGUGAACAGCUGCAGAAGAUGUAUGCUGGGCCUCAGGAUGAGAAGCUGCUGGAGCACACUCAGCAGCAGCAUAUUCUGUACCAGCAGGAGCAGCAGAUCCUACACCAGCAGAUACAGGCCCUCUCUUUGGGACAUGGAGAAAGCCAGCCUGGCCAUCUUACUCACCAGCUACAGAGGUUGCGCAUCCAGCCCUCCAGCCCACCGCCUACACAUCCCAGCAAUCACCUCUUCAGGCAGCCCAAUCAGAGCCCGCCUCCCGGGAGUGCAGGGAUGAUGCAAGGACACGGUGGGGUGCCUGGAGUGCAGUACCAGCACGCUCCUUCCCUCUACCAGCCCUCGGGAGGGAGCCCGCCCCCCACCAGCCUGCCCCGCAUGGCCCUGCCCAAUCAGCAGCAGCAGCCGCCGGCAGGGCCCGCCCGCGGAGCUGUGGGAUUGGCCCAGGGCAUCCCGCAGCAGCAGCAGGUGACCAUCCAGGUGCAGGAGGUAGAGCUGGGGGGCGGGACCCAGCGGCAGGGCUUCCUGUCCACGCCGUGCGGCCACCGCGUCCUGGGCAAGCAGCUGAGCGCCGACAACGCCGAGACGCACAGUCGCAGCCUGAGCCGGUUCCACUGCUCGUCCACGGCGUACGACCAGUCCCAGUUCAACCCGCACCUGUUUGGCGAGGGGGCGCGGGGGGGCACGGGCGCCAGCAUGGUGGGCGGCUACAACCCCUACCUGCAGGGCACCUCGCUCAAGGUGCCCGGCCUGGAGGGCUACCAGGGCACCAGCCCCGUGGGCAGCUACGGCAGCCCCUCGGCCCUGCAGCAGGCGCUGCUCUCGCCCACGCCCAUGGAGUACCAGCGCUCGGCGCAGCCGCACGUCACGCCCACGCUGCAGGGCCUGCUGUCGCCGCGCCACUCCCUGACGGGCCACGACCCGCGGCUGCCCCCGCAGGACCUGGCGGCGCUGCUGAAGCGCCAGAGCCCGCGCCAGGCGCCCACGCCGCCCGCCGGGCACCAGGACUACGGCGAGCUGCUCCUGCUGCGCCAGCUGAGCCAGAGCGAGGCGCUGGAACCGCCGCCGCCGCCGCCCCAGCAACCCGCCCCGGCGCCCGGGCAGCCCAUGGGCCAGCAGUACCACCCGCUGCUGCAGAUCCGGCCGCCCGACUGCCAGGCGGGUCCCGGCGGGCUGGCCCACUCGGAGAGCAUGGAGGAGGACGAGGCGCCGGGCGGCUACGGGCACGGGCACGAGGGCCUGCUGGCCAAAGCGUCAGCCUGCGCGGAGCAGCACAAGCUCCUGGGGGCGCCGCGGGGGGCCACGCCCCCUUACGCCUCGCCCACGCACAGGCACGCCUACAUGAGGAGCGCCACUGCAAGGGAUUCCGGGAGUGAGCAUGUGGACUGUCGGACGACGGUGGGCCAGGCCAUGGAGGGACCGGAUCACAACGGCGUGGGUUACGGGGCCCAACGGGGGCCGCAGGGGGACGGGUAUCGGGCCCGCGGGCCCCUGCAGCGCCAUCACACCAUCCAGACCUGCGACGACGCUUAUGACCAAGCAGAGCCCAUGUCGGGAAUGAGCCUAUUGGCUGGGAAAGCGCUGAGCUCCGCCCGGAUGUCAGACAUCCUCAGCCAAUCAUCUCUGACGGGAAGCCAGCAGCUGCACCAGAGGGAGGAGUCAGUGUGUGACGUGGAGGGAGAGCUCCACUCUGCUGCGUGCUACCCCUCCUCCUGCACCAGCGACAUGCUCCUCAGCUACAAGCCGCCUGACCUGCAGUACAGCAUGGAGCAGGCAGGGGUCUAACACAGGGGCGUCCGCUGUGUAUAAAGGUCCAUAUCAGCCACCUGUGUUGAACAGCAUCAUGCCAAACCGCCAUUGUCUGUCUGGAGGGGGCACCGUCAGUCUUUGGGGGGGGCAGGG